UUUCUUCUCAAUCGGUUUAGAGUUUAGACCUUAAGUCAUCGAACCAAACCGCCACCAGCGCUCUUUUUGUCAUUUUUUCCGAUUCAGUUUUACCAUAUUUGGACUACUCGUCCGUUUCGUCAACUCUUUUUCCCUCCUCAUCUUCCUCCUCCUCCGAUGGCAGCGGUGCUUUCCGACAAGGCUGCGGAGGCGGCCUCUCCGUCGCCUCCGCGCGCGCAGUUUAUGGAGCAUUAUCUUUCUGCUAUCAAUUCAAGGCGCUCCGACGUCGCUUCGGACGCCUCGGAUCUCGCCUUCCUCGAUCGCUCUUCUUCUCUUUCUAGCUCGGCUAGGCUCUCGGAUUCUCAGUCUCUCCUGGCAUUAAGGAGUGAAGAGUAUCGGCAACUGUUCCGUCUUCCAGUGGAUGAAGUUCUUAUUCAAGAUUUUAACUGUGCAUUGCAAGAAAAUUUUCUUCUUCAGGGCCACAUGUACUUAUUUGCGCAUAAUAUUUGCUUUUACUCCAACCUUUUUGGAUUUGAGACAAAGAAAAUAAUUCCAUUUCAUGAGGUCACAUCUGUUAGAAGAGCAAAAGCAGCCGCAAUAUUCCCAACAGCCAUAGAAAUAAUAGCUGGAGGAAAGAAGUUCUUUUUUACAUCUUUUCUGUCCCGUGAUGAAGCUUUUAAGCUCAUAAAUGACGGUUGGCUGCAACACAAUAAUGGACCUAAAGCGAAUGGAGAUCAGCAGGAGCAAUAUUCAGAGCCAAUAAGUCAAGAAGGGUCUCUAUUGGCUGAUAAAACAGAGAGUCCUGAUCAACCUGUGGAUGAGGCAGCAUCUGUGGAGAGGGAUAAAGAAAUUUCUGUGUCAGAUGAUACAAAACCUUUAGAUAAUGGGGAUUAUGAAAUUGUUCCAAAUCCUUCAGUGCCACCAGACAGUUUAGAGGAGGCUGCAGAGAUUGUUCAGAGCACUGAUUGUUCAUCAUCAGGAAAAUCUCUGGUCUUGGAGGAAGUGGAUUAUGAUGCACCUCAGGUACCAGAAGACUACACAUUGGUUGCAGAAUCAAAGUUUCCGGUGAAGGUGGAGGAGUUCUUUGAUCUCUUCUUUUCAGAUGAUGGCGCUGAUUUCCAGGAGUCAUUUCACAAAAAAUGUGGAGAUAAAGAUUUUAAAUGCACUCCCUGGCGUCCUCAUGAAAAAUUUGGGCACACUCGUAAUGUAUCAUUUCAACAUCCAAUUAAAAUUUAUUUUGGUGCAAAGUUUGGCAGCUGUCAGGAGCUUAUGAAAUACCGAGUUUACAGAAACUGUCACCUUGUGGUUGAGACUUCUCAAGAAAUUACUGACGUACCGUAUGGAGAUUAUUUUCAAGUGGAGGGUCUUUGGGAUGUUAAGAGAGAUGAUAGUGAAGGUUGCAUUCUGAAGGUUUACACAAACGUGGCCUUUUCCAAGAAAACUAUGUGGAAAGGAAAGAUAGUGCAGUCCACAGUUGACGAAUGUCGAGAUGCUUAUGCCAUUUGGAUUGAGCUGGCUCAUGAACUUUUGAAGCAAAGGAAGCUUGAGAUGGAAGAAGCUGGUGAUCAUGCAGCUAAUUUAAUUCCAAAUGGUCAAGUUGAGAUGGAGAAGCCAGUGGAAGCAGUUGAAUGCACGGAGAAGUCAGACGGUGGAAAUGGUGAAGUAAUCUCACAGACAUUGCCGGACUCGAAUAAUAUGAACCGGCAUCCUGUUGGUUCCCUGCAAGAAGAAAUGUGUACCAACAAUGCACCAGUUCCAUUCUUUUUUAGAGAUUUGAGCUCAAGAUUUUCUUCAUUGUUGAAAUCUCAAAGCCACUUCUACGUGCUCCUGAUUGUGGCAAUUGCUGUGGUGCUCCUCCUAAUGCAGAUGAGCAUAAUCGUACUAUUAAGUAGACCUCAACAGAUCCACGUGAUUUCUCAAGGCGAUUAUAUGGGUGGCAUGAAUGGAAUGGGGGAGAGGGGGGUUGAGACACUUGCUUAUAUAGAUAAGCAAGUUAACCAUCUCAAGGAAGAGAUGCUAAUGGUGGAGACGAUGCUGCACAAAAUGCAGAACGAGUACGAAUUACUCAAAGUAAGAUUGAACGACUUUGAGCGGAUUAAGAAGUACCAGAAACGAUAAAAGGCUGCAAUCAUUCUUUUGUUCUCUUGUACAUGUUGUGUGUAUGUUUUGGGGGAUCACAAAGUAUAAUUAAGAUAUAUGUUGAGGGUUUUUUUUUUUUUUUUUUUUUUUUGGGUAAUAUUCAGAUGUGAUAGCCCAUAUAUGUAUAUGAAAGGAUAGUGCUACACCCUCGAUUGCAAGGGUGUUGACAAGAAUAGAAUUCGUGACCAUUCAGGUAUGAGAAUCAUACACUAUUCACUGGGUCACCACUUCCAAGUUGCUGAUUGGUUGCCCGAAAGGUUCACUUGGUCCAUGUCAAAGUAUAGGCUAGGUAGAUGAGAUUGAAGGUGACAGAAUAGUUUGGUUGCGUUUUAUGACUAUAGUUAUUUAUGUGCUGAAUAGUUACUUCACUAUAAUUCAACUAAUUUGAAUUCAAGCAACCCUUAUCUCUUACAAUAAA